UUAGCACGUGCUGGCACCCACCUGUUACAUAUUUUCCCUUGCAUAAACACCCCCUCGUGGGAAAGAAGGGUUGAGAAGAAGUUGAGUGGUCCAUUGAUUGGAACCCAAAGCUGAGAGAGACUUAAAUUCCCUUACAAUAUUCUUUCUGCUAUCUUGGUUUCAUACUGUGACAUCUCUCUAUCAUGUAACCAUUAUAAACAUAGCUCACGACACACAGAGCAGCAAGAGCAAGAGAAGGGAGCCUCAGAGUGGCUUCACCCUCAACCUCCUGAUAGCCUAGCUUCUUCUGUCAAUAGCAAAACAGUACAUAUUAUUUAGCAUGAACCAGUGGAUAGUCCCAAAAUGGAACCAACCACAACAACAUGAAGAUGUUAGCAGAUCUUCCCAUGUCCAUUUUCCCCACAAGAACACUACUUUCAGCCACAAUCUUGUCCCCAUGGCAAAGUAUGAAGCAGUGGAGAGGACAUGGGAGAAUGGAGAUCAAGAAGCAGCAGUGGACGGCCAUGGGGAGGUGCUUCUUCAAAUGGCUUCAACAAAGCACUCAUGGGGCCAAUCCGAAGACACCCUCGAGUCCAUAGUCCAUAGUUCACUGUUGAGGAAACGGACACGAUCCAACCCAGAAGGCAAAGAUGAAACUUUUAUGAGUGGAGCUUUUUUAGAAUCUCAUAGGAGCUUCAAAGCCAAAAAUUCCAUUGAAGACUUAGCUCCAGAUGAUGGCUCGGAGGACGAACAUAACACGAAGAGGAAAACAAGUGGGAGCUGUUCAAUUAGACGAACUCAGUCUGAGAGAAGACGAAGAGAUCGGAUAAACCAGAAGUUAAAAGAUCUACAAAAGUUGGUGCCAAAUAGGAGUAAGACUGAUAGAGCUUCACUUUUGGACGACACGAUUCAAUAUUUGAAGCAACUUAAAGCACAAGUUCAGUUCAUGUGCAGCAUUAGAUCAGAUGUGCCACAGAUGAUCGUACCUCUAGGAAUGCAGCAGCAGCAGCAGCAGCAGCUUCAAGUGUCACUGCUUGCAGCUCGUAUGGGACUGCUUGACACUGCUUCAAUGGCUUCCAGUUCCAGUUCCUUCCCUUGUGCUGCUGCAUGUUCUCCGACUCUACUGCCUUCCAUCAUCUCAUCAACAAAGCCAAAAUCUAAACUUUCCACCGCUGCUUUCGUCCCUCCAACCGAUCCUUUCUGCACUUUUCUGGCACAAUCAAUGGAUAUGGAUUUGUACAGUAAAAUGGUGACGCUAUAUUGCCAAGAAGUGAACAGGACACCUCGGCAGACAAGCAGAUUAAUGGAAUCACAAUUUGUAGAAGGGAUCGAGGAGGAUAUGCAUCAGAGCUAGCCAGAAUAAGCUCCACCAUUUGGUUGACUCCAACAAACACUAGUUUAGUUGAAUACUUAGAUAUGCCUCAGUUCAACCAAAUGUUCAAGGCUUUCUCUAGUAAUUUUGGUCGAUGGAAUGGCACAUUCUAUUGUUCUUGUAUU